AAACUAAUGCAUGGAAAGUAUUAAACAAUCACAGAGAGUAAAAUACUUGAAAAGAUGAAAGAAACAAAUAUUAAAAACUUCUAAAUCAUCCACACAUCCAUUCAAACCAAUUCACAAUUAAAACUAAUGAAAAAUCCUAUUACAUGGCUAGGGUUUCAUCAAAACCCUAGAAAAGACGACUAGCCACUCAUGGAGGAGUGGGAAGAGGAAGAAGAUGAGGAAGAAAUCCCUAUGGAAGUGUCCUUCAAGCUUUAGGAGAAUACCACCUCUUUAGAACCCUAGCCUUCCUUUUCUCUGAAUUAAUUUUCGAACCCUAGGUUUGGCUAUUUUUCUUUAUUUUAUUCUCAGCAAAAUAGACCAAAAAUUCCGUGCAUGCGUCCCUAGGUGGGCCACUCGAGCGCCCAUGUGGGCCGCACGAGCGGUAGUGGUCCGCACCUGUGGUGAAGCUUGGCCACACGUGCGGUGGCUUGGCUGGCUCGGAUUCUUCACUUCUCGCACGGUAGAUCUGCUUUCGUGCCUUUUUUGAUUGAAUUUUCAGAUUUCUUGCCAAAUCUGUACAAGUACACGAAACACAUCAUCUCCACCAAAUAAAGAAAAUUGAAAGAUAAAAAAUGUAACUUAAAGUGGCCUCAAUGUGGUACCUUUCGGCCUACAUCAUUGAAUAUAUUAUUUUCUGUUCUACUUGCAUAUAGACAGAUUUUGAUACACACAUUUAUUGUAUAACCAUGUAUUUAGAAAUUCAGAUGACUUUGGUGUUGCAUACUACUCCGAAGUUGUCGUAGAAUGGUGGUGCAGGAAUGACAUCUUAAAACAUCAGGAGUUUAAUAAGAUUUUCUGUAGCAAACUUCAUGUGUUUGUUGUAUCUGUGUCAGUGCCUCUGUGUUCUCAAAUUUGGUUUGGUUACUGUGGCUCAAUUCAACGUUUUGAAAUUGUUGUAAUUAGUAGCAAAGAAAAUGCUUUAGAAGAAUUUGGAUUAGAGUACAGCACAUAGCUAUCAAAGUGCCCAAAUAUUGGCCAUACCCCUCGGUUUGUGACUUGAUUUCAAUGAGCAUGCCAUAAAUAGAAUAGAAAUUCAUUCUAGCUAAUCUUGGUUUUUUCCCAUUGACAAAUGUUAUUAGGCUGUGAGAUGGCUUAUUCAGCAAUUUAUGAACUUGCUGGGUGUUGGAUGUUCUUAUGGACAAGUUCUUCAUCAGUUCAUCUUCAUAAACACAUUGCAGAAAAGUUCCUGAUAUACAGAAGUGAGAAUCAAGACUAAGGUGUGAUGACCUCAGAAAGGGAAGAUUUCAACCUUACAGGUCCCUUGCACCUAACCGAUGUUGACUGGAAAAAUGUGGAUCACCGAAGGUCUGUGGCUGCCUGUUUGGUUCAGGGUGUCUACAUAUUAGAGCGGGACCGCCAGGAGAAUAGGCAAGGGCCUGAAGCUCUUGCUGCUCCUUGGUGGGAAUUAUUCCAUUUCCGAUUACAUAGUCAGCUUGUGGAUGAUGCUGAUCAUUGCAUCUUUGGUGCCAUCUAUGAAUUUAAAUCAGCAUGUGACUGCAACCACUUAACAAACGGAAGUCCACGUUAUGUAAUCGCCUUCCGAGGCACCCUAACCAAAGGAGACGCUUUUUUACGAGAUCUCGAAAUGGACAUCCACAUUAUAAAAAAUGGACUGCACCGGACAUCCCGGUUCGAGAUUGCCAUGCAAGCUGUGCGGAACACAGUUGCUGAAUUUGGAAACUCGAAUAUCUGGUUAGCUGGCCAUUCCCUGGGAGCAGCCAUGGCAAUGCUUGCUGGAAAGACUAUGGCGAAGAUGGGAGUUUUUCUCGAAGCUUUUCUCUUUAACCCGCCAUACUUGUCCGCGCCAAUUGAGAGAAUCAAGGAUGAGAAAGUGAAGCAUGGGAUCCGGAUUGCAAGCAGUUUCCUCGCUGCAGGACUCACUGUUGCUUUGAGGGCUCGACAGCAGAAGAAUUUAUCAGAAGAUCCAUUUGUAGCUUUGUCUGCAUGGGUUCCAUGUCUAUUUGUCCAUCCUGGGGAUCACAUUUGCUCAGAGUACGUUGGGUACUUUGAACACAGGAAGAAAAUGGAGGAAAUCGGAGCAGGAGAGGUCGAGAGGUUAGCCACACAGAAUUCAUUCAGGGGCCUUCUUAUGAGCGCAAUGGGGAAGGAGUCAGAAGAGCCUCUACACCUCAUUCCUUCAGCCAAUCUGGUUGUUAAUUUAAUUCCUGCACAAGACUUCAAAGAAGCUCAUGGAAUUCAUCAAUGGUGGAGACCUGAUCUGGACUCACAUUCUAAGGUUUACAACUACAGAUAGUUGUUGCUGUUGUCGUCGUCGUUGUUUUUUUGGUUAUGCUUUUGUGGCAUUAAUGGAGGAGAUAGAUUUUUGGUUUUCCUUGUAAUGUGUGUUGAGGCAUAGGGUUAUGUUUCGAUGUAAUCACUUGUUUACUAGAUCUCAGUUGUGUAAAUUUUGAUGUAUUGCUUGGGAAAAAGAAAGUAAUCUGUUGUCAAUACUUGUAUAUGGGGAGAUCCAUAUCCAGUUAGUUUGCAGUUGAAUUGGAAAUAUGCAUAUAAUUUUCAGAAACUCCCAGUUUUGUUGAUUUU